AUGUCUAAAAUAUGCACAUUGAAUUAUUUACUCUUAUGCACUGGAGUCACUAUAACCAUCAUACUAAUAUUACUCUUGAAAUCAGACCGGUUGAAUGAGAUUUUCUCUCAGAGUAUAAAAUCGAAUGGUUCUCAGUGCAUAACAAAGGAUGGGAAAAAAACAUGUGCCGAAAGUAGUAGUAGCGGUACAUAUCAUAAUUCAAUUAGUUCAUUUCGUCGUUUUUUGAUUUUCAAAUGUCUACUAACACUUUUGGGAUUAUUCAGUUUUGUUGUCAUUCGUCAUAGACAAAAACGGUUGGACAGAAAACUUAUUCAAAGAGUUAAUCUUCAAAUUGCCACUGGAGUUUAA